AUGUUUAGACACAGCAUUCGUCGUUAUUCGAUCAAAAAUAUACCAUUUGAAUCACAACCUAAGAAUAAGUAUAAUGCGCAAAGAUCAGCAUUCAACUUAAAGCCAGUGCCAACGCAAGGAUUAGUGCAUAACCCACCAGCAUCCAUUCCAAUUGCCAGAAACACACCUAAAGCAUUUUUACCACCUAACGAUCCAAGAUUGCAUAAACUCGAAGGAAAAUAUAAGACAUAUAGCCCAGAUGUGUUGGAAGAUAUGCCAGUUAUAUACGGUAUGGCCAAGGAAAAGGACUAUGGUAUGACAGCCGAAACUGCCAGAGAAAUUUUGAAGUUGAGAACUCAAGACCCAAGCAAGUGGACCAUAUCGAAAUUGGCCAAGGAGUUCAAUGCAUCUAAACAGUCAGUCAAUGUAGUGACCAUGAAGAAUAAAGAGAGAAAUGAAGAGUUAAUAAACGAAUUAGAUGUCUUACAAAAGCUGUGGACUAAUAACAAGCUCAUGAGUAGAAAUGACAGAAGGAAGAGAGUGCAAAUGUGGUUGAGAAACGAAUAUUAA